AUGCGAAUCGUAUCGGCAGCGUCGAGCUUCGGCCUCGUCCUGGGGACAGCUAUCGCGCUUCCUGCUGUUGACCCCUAUCCAGCAUUUAUCAAUUCUACCAACCGCUGGAACGCUCAGACCACAAUCACCUUCCCCAACGCCACCGCAUUCGAGAACGCGACGGAGCGUUGGAAUAGCAUGGGCGCGCCCUCUUACUCCGUCGCUAUAUCCCCGGCCACGGGAGAUGAUGUUGCGAGAGCGGUGAGGAUCGCACGAUCCAUUGGCCUCCCAUUCCUUGCUACCGGCGGCCGACACUCGUCCAGCACAACUUUGAGCGCCAUGACGACUGGCCUCGCCAUUGACUUGAGCAGGCUCAACAGUCUUCACAUCGAUUCGCAAGCGGGUACUCUGACAAUCGGCGGCGGUGUUGUAUUCGGUGAUAUUGAUGGCCCUAUAUAUGAAGCCGGGUAUCAAAUGCGUCAGUACUCCACUCCCCUCAAUUGGAUCCUGCGCAUGUCCGGGAAUGGUCGGUGCAACGGUUGGGGGUUGCGUUGGCCGGUUUCAGGGCGUCAACGGCCUGAUCAUCGACAGUCUCCUGUCCGUCCGCCUGGUUGCGGCGGAUGGCAAGCAGUUCACGGUCUCGGAGACAUCCCAUCCGGACCUGUUCUGGGCGCUUCGUGGUGCUGCCCCCAACUUCGGCAUCAUCACGUCGGCCACGUAAAGCUGCAUCCCCAGAACAACAACGGCCAAAUCUUCAAUGCCGACUUUAUCUUCCCGGCCGCUGCAAACGCAUCCUAUUUCGACAUCAUCGAGUCUCUUCAGGGCACGAUUCCCGCCGAGCUCUCUACCAUUUCCAUCCUCGGGUACAACGUCACUGUCGGCGAGGCUCAGAUUCUUGCCAAUUGGGUCUACCUGGGCUCUGAGAGUGAGGGAAGGGAGCUCAUUGCGCCUCUGCUAGACCUCAACCCCACUGCAUCCUCCAUCAGCAUGGUCAACUACAACACGCUCACCGACAAGGCCGCAUGGGGCCUCGGACGGGCGAUUUGUGCCCCCGUGUCCGUCUCCGGGUACGGCGUGAACUAUCGCAACCUGUCUUCGACGACAUACCAGCAAGUGUUCCAGAUGCUGAGCGACUUCUUCGUCCAGUACCCGGAUGGGCGCGGCAGCAGCGUCGAGAUGGAGGUCUUCGCACCCCAGGCAGUCGAGACCGUUGCAGAUGACGCCACGGCGUAUCCCUGGCGCGACACGCUGGGCUAUUCGUGA